CCCAGAACGAUCCGGUCUGUCUAUCUCCCCCUCGGUACAAGGCCAAAGAUGAUGGAAGUGCUUCCCCACAGAACCUACUACUUGUGGUUUACCGAGCUGAUCACGUAGGAUCGUGACUUUAUCCCGGCACAGGCGAAUACAUAUGGUCAAUCAUUAGUCUGCCCUAAAGACUACCUUGCCUCUUAUAUUUGCACCAGGGUAGUUCAUUCCAACGGCUGAUGUUGACCAGGACAGUUGACCCUAAUUAUGGCUACAAAUAUUGUGGUAGUCACGGAUGCCAGCACUCUAGCUUCAGAGAUAGAGGACCAAAUCGGAGCAUACAGUGAUAUUGCUGGCUCAAGAUCAGAUGUCGAUGCACCAAUCGUGGAUGGUAUCUGGGAUCUUUUUGACAGAAAAGCACCAACCGAACCGUACACAGCAGAAUGGGACGAAAUUAAAUAUGUCAUAAAGGGCACUGGCGUAAUCACGGAUACCGUCACAAACCAAUCCUACGAGUUGGAGCCCGGAAGCCUCCUUUGGAUUCCAAAAGGCUCACAAGCCUCGUUCACAGAGUCGAAAGACCUUUCUACCGUUUAUGUUGAACGGAGACAUGGCGAAGGAAACUUCCAAACGGGCAGCGGGGUCAAAGCAUCCUGCAACUUGCGCAGCAAACUCGCUACAUUAACCGACGACUUCGUUGCAGAGAAUCCUACAUCUCUAGCCGCCCAUGAACGAGCUCAGGAGACCCUAGCUGGCGGAAACACGCGCUCAGUCCUUCAUGGCGACCCGUUUCCGCUUUACAUGGAGGGCGGACAGGGUCCUUAUCUAUACUCUGUCGACAAAAGAGAGUAUCUGGACUUUGUAUCAGAUUAUUCAGCAGCUUUCUACGGACACUCGAACCCCGUCAUUGCUGAGGCCAUCAGCAGUGCCCUGUCUACUGGCUUCAGCCUGGGUAGUGUCACUCGUAAAGAGUGUCGUCUUGGCGAGCGCAUCAAGGAAAGAUUUCCGAGUAUGGAGAGAAUUAGGUUCUGCAACUCUGGCACUGAAGCCAACACCUGCGCAUUAGCUACAGCCAUGGCAUUCACCAGCAGAACAAAGAUACGCGUGUUUGAUAAUGAAUACCACGGCGGAACCCUAAGUUUUGGUUCAAGGGACAACAAAUUGAACUUACCUUACGACUUCAUUUUUGGUACCUACAACAUUAUCGAGGCCAACCGGAAGCAUAUAUCAUCAGAGUUAGCAGCUAUUAUCGUCGAACCGAUACUUUCAGCAGGUGGUCAAAUUCCUGCUACUUGGGAGUUUCUCUCGUUUCUGCGCAAAGCAGCAGACGUAAUCGGUGCAGUUUUGAUAUUAGAUGAGGUUGUGACAUCUCGUCUACACAUCAAUGGACUUCAAGGCUUCCACAAAAUAAUGCCUGACAUGACAACUCUUGGAAAAUACAUUGGGGGAGGCCUGCCAUUUGGAGCUUUUGGAGGGCGGUCCGACAUCAUGGCUCUCUUUGAGCCAAGCAGUCAGAAACUGAGCCAUUCUGGAACAUUCAAUAACAAUAUCUUCACUGUGUCAGCUGCUCUAGCUGCAAUCGAUCUGGUCACGGAGGGCGAAAUUAAUCGUGUCAACAAACUGGGAGACACUAUUCGAAACAGGAUCUCAGAGAUGUGUGCAGCGCGUCACUUUUCUGACCUUCAAAUUACUGGCUUCGGAAGCACCAUAGGACUGCACUUUCUUCGUGCGGACAGGGACUUGUUGAAGAAAUGUUUCUUCUUUCACAUGUUACAGCUUGGGAUUUAUAUCGGCCGCAGAGGUUUCCUUUUCCUGAAUAUGUGCCACACGGGGGAUCAUGUUCAGCGGUUCCUGGCAGCGUCUCAGAAGUUCGUAGAGGAGUUUAAAUAGAACAGUUUUUUUUUA